AUGGAUAAGAAGAUAGUGCGCAAAGGGCCGCUGCCUGGGGGUCGCCGGGGCGCGUCUGGAGCUGGCGCUGGACGCGGCAGCAUGCGGGCCGCCAGCCGAUCGCGAGGAGCUGCACGGUCACCUAGCAGCCCUCCGCAUGUAUCAUCCCCACCAGAAGGCUUGGUGUCGGCUGGGUCUUCUCGGACUCAGCAAGCGGCACCCGUCGCUGGUGGAGCACGUCGCAUGCGUUGGUCACAAGCAAUGAAUGCAAACGCACUGCGGGCGUACUUUAGGGCAAAAGGGGAAGAAACUGGAUGUUUGGCGUAUCGGGCUAGGAUGCAUCGUCUUUUUGCUGAGCUGGAGCCAUCUUUAACCGUCACAGAGCAAAACCUGGCAGACCGAGUUCGGUGUAUCUUGCGCUCAAAUAUAUUUGAUGUCGCCGAACUCGAACAGCUACGACGUGAGGCUGUUCCCUCGUCGGAUGAGAAUGCUACGGCUGAGGAUGCGGCACCACAAAUGGUAGAGCAACCCGCAAACGUGGAUGCCGCCGUGAAUACCCCAGUUGUGGUUGAUUCAAACGAUGAUGGAACAGUCGCCCAGGAACUGGAAUUAGAGCAUAUGAGGAGUACAUUGGAAGAGGCGAUUGUGGAAACGCGCAGUACGCCUCUCAAAAAUCGACCGCGACUUCCCUGCAUAGCCCUAAGCAAGCGGAAUCGGGCUGUUGUGAGGGCUCUGAACCCAAUGCUGGUGACCUAUUUGGAAGCCAGCCGGGACCUUUGCGAGACGGAAUCAAUUCUUUUUGACGCCGCGCUGGCAGUCUGCCGUAUCAUAGGCGCCAAGGUUUCCACGGCUGGACGCGCUACUGGCCAUAGUAGCGCUAUCCCAGCAUGGAGAAGAAGAAUUGAGGAACGUAUCGCAAAGGCUAGAGCUCUCAUCGGCAGACUGAUAUGCUUCAGAUCAGGCAACAACAGGCCAAGAAUUGUGCGCACCGUCAGGAUGGCGUUUGCUGGGACAAAUGUCAGUUUGUCCCAGCCGGAUAUAACGCAAAAACUGACGGAGCGCAUAGAUGAUCUGAAGCAGAGAAUCGCUGCUUGGGGAAAGCGGAUUCGGCGAUAUACCGAGAGGUCGACACGGUUCAACCAGAAUCGUCUCUUCCAGAGUGAUCAGAAGAGGCUCUAUGAAUCAUUGGAGCGACCAAUGGUAAGUGGAACGGGUCCAGCACCGAAUCAGGCCGACACUGUAGCAUUCUGGCGCGGCCUGUGGUCAGAGCCCGUAAACCACAGCGAGGGCCCUUGGACGGAAGUUGUGGCGAGUCAGUGUGCGGGUAUUACGCCCAUGGACCCCGUCAUAAUAACGCCGGAUAACGUAGCUGAAGCGGUCCGUAGGGCCCCGAACUGGAAAAGUACGGGGCUUGACGGGCUGCAUCACUACUGGCUGAAGGGGUUCAUGGUGUGUCACUCUGUGCUCGCCUGA